CUAGGUCACAAGACUUCAAGGCGAAGAUAGGAUUGUAUUGAAUAGGUCGUUGAUAGAAAAUGGAUGUCGGUGAGAGAUUGUUAGUAGUGGAUUUUUAUGUGUAUUGAAAUAUAAAGUGACCAAUAAAAAUGGAAAUAAUGGAGACAGAUGAACCGCUAAAAGGAGACAUGGUAGAGACAACAAAAUCAACAGCUAACAUGGCUAAAUCAAGUUCCAGCAAUAAUAUGUGUUUACCACCAUGUCGGAUAUGUGGAGAGAAAGCAUCAGGUUUUCACUAUGGUGUCAAUACAUGUGAGGCCUGUAAGGGCUUUUUCCGUCGAAGUUUAAAAAAGAAAGGAAAGUAUAAAUGUUUUGAUAAUCAAGAUUGUAAAAUUGGACCCGGGAAAAGAAAUGGCUGUCCACAUUGUCGUUAUGAGAAAUGUUUAGCUGUUGGCAUGUCUAAACAAGCAAUUAAAACUGGUCGAUAUACUCACAAAAAACGUACACAAGAUAUACUGGAAAUAAAGAAACUUCAAGAACUUCAAGGAUUUACUGAUAAAUGUAUUUUAGAUAAUUUACGUGAUGAUACAACACCUGUGGAUUCACCUGGUUCUAUUAAGGAUAUAUGUUUAGAAUCAGAGGAUCCUCUUCUGUCAGAAAAUGAUAAUUUAAAGUUAUUGUCUGAGAUUGCGAUAGAUACAGAUCUUUUUGCGAGGGACUGUAAUACUAGUCCAGCGAGUUCAACAUCUACUUUAGAAUUCUGUUCAAAAUUCAGCCCAGGCAAAAAAGAAAUCCUUUUGGAUCCUGACAAAUUAGAGGAGAUUGUACAAAGACUCACUGCUAUUCAUAGUGAACAUGUCCAGUGUUUUUCUGCAUUGGAUAAUAAAGAAAUGGAAGAAAAAACAACAGAGUACUAUGAAAAAUAUAAAUUAAAAACUGAAGUGUUUGGUAAACUUUCUUUAUUAUCUAUGGAACAGUAUAAAGAUUUCUACGAUAUAACGGGAAUAGACAUUGACGAUCGUCAACCUAAAUGUCUUCAAAUGGCUACAACUAUGGAGGGUUGUAUCCGUCGCUUAAUUGCAUUCGCCAAGUCCAUCCCAGGUUUCACAGAUCUCAGUAUAGAAGAUCAGUCUAAUUUAUUAAAAUCCUCAAGAUUUGAAUUUUUCUUCUUAGGCUUCUAUAGAGGUUAUAAUAACAAAAUUAAAACAGUUAUCUCACCAGCAGGUAAUUGUAUGUAUUAUGAAGAAGUUCAAAAUGUCAUCAAAGGAGAUUUUAUAUUAAAGUGUUUUCAGUUUGCUGACAGCUUGAAGAAACUAGAUCUUCAGUAUGAUGAAACAGUCAUAUUAAAAGCUAUUGUUUUACUGUUUAGAGAUCGCUGUGAAUUAGAAAAUCCUGAUAAAGUGGAAGAACUACAGUGGCCAUUGGUUCAGUGCUUAAUUUAUCUGGUUAAAAAAAAUCAUCCUGAUCAGCCUAAUUUUUUUGGAAAAAUAAUGGACAGACUAAUGGAAAUUCGAACAAUAUCAGAAGAAAAUAGUGUAGUUAUGAAACACCUAUUAUUAAUUCCAGCUAUCCAGAAAAAUCCUUUAUUAUUAGAAUUUAUAUCAUUUUAGUACAAAAGAGAUGUGUAUAGCCCAACCAUAACUGUACACAAAGAGAGCAUUUUUGACUUUCAAUAAACCAUAAAUAUGUGCAACAUGUAUUAGUGAAUUUGGAUUUUAUUGAAUGUUUGUGUUCUUACUAUGAAGCAAAACUUUAAUAUUGUGAUAAAUCAAACAAAAGAAAAGACAUAUAUACACACACAGAUGAAGACAAGAAAUAUGUCAGUAGUUUUUUUGAUGCUUACAUAUGUGUACAAUUAUUUGUCUUAUAUUUUACCUGUUGAUUAGGAUUUUUUAAAACCAAUUUCUUGUCAGUGGGAAGAAACAGAAGAACCAUCACAUAAAAACACUUGACUCAAUGACAGACCUUAUGAUCUAAAUCCUAUGUAUUAGACCAUUCGGUCAUCCAACACCCCACUGCCCUCCAGUGCUUAGAAUAUGCUUUAAGUAUUUUGUCCAGGCCAGUGUUUUUUUUGCAUCAUUAAGUGUCAAUACUUUGUAUUUUACAACAUAUAUUGUUAUAAAGAUUUAAAUUUUAAACCUCAUCAAUUUCUACAACAAAUUGGUUGGAAAUAUAUUUUUGUUUUGUGAUAUAUUUACAAAGUUCUCUUUUCCUAAACACAAUUUACACCCUUCCUUAUUUUAAGCGAAAUUCCUGAUUUUCUUUUGAAAUAUGGUACAACCAAAUUCUAAAACACUUAUGUUUUGUGCAUAUUCGACCUAUGGUCCCAAAACUGAUUCUGUACUCUUGCAUUUUCUUGUUCUUCUUGUGGCAAAGCCUUUUGAAAGUGACUAUGGUUCCUUGAUCCUUUAAUUGGAGUACCAUCAACAUGUGAAACUUGGCAUUCUUGUUUUUUUUGAUAAUUGCACAUCGUACACACUUCCAAAAUGACUGCAAUGACAUCAUGGUUGUUAAUUCCUGGUUCAUGCUCAUUUAUAUAAUAAUAAUUGUUACAAUUUCUAUCGGUCUAUAUGUGUCAAUCUGAUUAAUAUACAGAUCUAAAUUUCAUUUUGUUUAAAUUGUUUAUAUAAGUGUAGAACCUACACCGUUGGCAAAUAUAUAUCAUUAGAAUCAUUAUUUCUAGUCUAGCCCUAGACUUUAAAGAUGGGUUCCCAGAAAAGUAUUUAUUGGGUGGUUAUUUCCAAUAAAAGUAUGGCAAUUUUGGUAUAUAUGGAAAGUAGAGAUAUCCAAUCUUACUAGAAAAAUACUGGAUUCCCUGAAAAACACUCAUGGAGCGUAUACAGGACAAAAAUGUAAUGGUUCCCCUAAUCGACAGCCCAUCUAUUAGGAAUUUCUGCAUGCAUGAUGUCAAAGGUCACACGCGAAAUUUGAGCGCUUGAUGUACAAGUUGAUAAACUUUAUGAAGAGUUAGACGUACAACACUUUCUGAGAUAAAAAUGACGAAAAAAGACACGGGUAGUGGAUUAUCCGAUA